AUUUGCCAAGAGUGGUGUUUACUACAUCAUUACCAAGCCAUACGUCACCAAGGUGUACUGUUACAUGGAGUACAUCCCCGGAUGUGGUGGAGGAGGCUAGACUACCAUCAUGAAGACCGAUGGUCACAAGCAAACUUUCAAGUACACCUCAGCCCUGUGGGUCAAUAAAGAGCCAUAUAACAUGCCUGGAGGCGAAUUAGGUGUGGAUAACCAAGAAACCAAGUUACCUACCUAUUGGACGAUGCCCUUCAAUAGUCUCUGUCUGGGAAUGAAAACCAGUGGGAACACGAGUGAACCAAACUGGAUUCGCCUGAAAUAUAGAUACAGAUGGACGCUAUCAGGAGCAUUAGGAACAAGACUGUGCGCAGGCUGAGGACUCAGGUGUUGGAUCGUUUGGAUGCUGACUUCGCCUUCACGACUUUUAUGGAGGGAGAUACGGACGAGACCAUGGAUGAAGAAAGGGCUGAAAAAAUAAUCGACUUAAUUCCUGAAGGCGRUUACCGUUUAGAAUUGACGUUUAUAAAGUACCUAGAUGGUGACUGGGUAAUAGAAAAAGGCCGUAACCCCAUUCGGGCGUCUGGUAAGCAGAACCUGUUUGUUCUGAGUAAGCAAACGCGUCCGGAAGCGUUGGUAGGCAUUGAUAUGCUGUUCUACGAAGUUGCUUACCCCGUUACGGCGGUCAUCUACGGUGCGUAUGAGAUCAAGAAGCCGGACGUCAAGAAGUUAAGGCCAAUGCGACAUCCCGGCAACUGCGUAGGAAAGUUGGUAAGGGAAUUCUUUGAAGAUUCCUCCCGAGGCGGUAAGUUAACUCUGAAAAGAAGAGAAGCCAUUAGGAAAUGGGAAGAUGUCACCCGCAGGGCAGGAGCCACGAUAGAUAACAUCAAGAAACUAGAAGUUCUCCUAGAAAGGCGCAUAUAUGUGAAAGACAUCACAGACGGGUUCAUUUAUCCGGGGACGCAUAAAUACGGCGGUCGGGGGGCUCCUAUUGUUAUCUACCAGCAUAACGAACAUGCUUGGAGAGAACUAAGAUUCCCUAAGAAGAAGGAGACAAAAAUCUACGAAACCACGCCACUUGCUGAAUUAGUCCACGAGAAUUCCAUUUGGUUGAUGGAUUCGGAAGGAAGUCAAUUUAUGACUCAAGAUGGUACUCUGUAUCGCCCCCAAGUAGAACAUCAACGCAUUCAAAGUGCCUGUGAGACAUUAGGGGAAGACUUCUCAGACGAGGUCCUUAGCAGCCGCAGCUUGGACUUCCUAGCCGCAAAGAAGAGAAAUGGGUGGAAAUCGACUCCUAAGGAGUUCAAAGACAUAGCCAAAGCCUGCGUAGAACACGGCCACGGCGGUCUAUGGAACAUGGAGUACGACGAGGAAGAAUAUGUGUCCUUGGACAUGAAACAUUGUUACCCUGCCAGCUUCAAAGGCCUGGGAGAUUGUAAGGAGUAUUAUGCCAGAUACGGGCAUCCAGACUCUCAAUUCUUUCGUGUGUCCUUAGACGGCACCUACGAUGCGCCAGCGACGGGGUUCGUCAGGCUAACAUCUUGGAAGUUGGCUAAAGACUUACAUACCAUAAUUUACGCAUGGUACGGGAAGCAUCUACAAGAGAAAGAAUGGAUACCCAUACCGUUGUUAAAGUUCCUAGAAGAACGUAAGCUCCUGAAAUACACAGCCAAGGAUCAAGUAAGAAACCUGAAAGCGGAAUUAAGGGGGCUCAGUGACGCCGAGCAAUGCAAGACGCUGCGCAAACGCGUACGAGCGAAGUCCUACGAGGACUUUCUAUACGCCUGGCAUCCUGAAGAUCUGGUGCUGAGCAGCAAGCGCGCAGCACAGUCUCGCAUACAGAAAGACUUACUAAAAAUACACCAAGAGCGCUUCCCUACGCAUCCCGUACCCGUUUGUUAUAAACCACACGACACCCGCAUGCAGCGCCGCGACGUUUGCGUACCCGGUACCGACAUCCAACUGCAAAAUGCGGUAACGCACGAUAAAGCCUGGGUACCCAUAGAAAAAGUAGAAAGAAUUACCUCCCAUCCGGACUGGCGCUUAGGCUAUUGCAUGACAGUCCACAGCGCGCAAGGGCUUACCAUAAAAGAAACCUUAUGGAUCAUUGACCAGCGGCUGUGUUGGAGCAACCUUAUCUACACCGCCGUAAGCCGUGUGGAGUAUGCCAAACAGCUGAAAAGAGCCUGGGGUCCGCAACUGCGUUAUGACCGCACCCCCGAAGACGUAGCCAAAGAGAAAAUUGCUAAGAAACUCCUUCGCUACAAGCGGCACGACGAAGAAAAAGGGAUCAAAUUCGACCUAUGCGUGGACGACGUCUAUAAGAAAGGGGCGCGGUGUGCCAAGUGUAACAUACCACUACUAUGGAGGUUCGACCCAAAUGACGAUCAGCAGUUCUCCGUGGAUCGCAUAAAUAAUAAACGCGGGCAUUGCAGAGGCAACGUAAGGUUGACAUGCCUAGAGUGUAAUCGGGCGCGUGGAGCAGCACUACUCUGA